AUGAUCACACCAUCAAAAUCGAAGACACCAUCAAACGACGCAGAUACAAACGACAGCAUCAUAAUACAAAACAAGAAGCUGAGAAAUGACGACUCCCGUACAAAUGCCAAAAAUGCAGAGAAAACAAACAAAACCACCUACAAGGACGGCAAAGCAGCGGCAAAACACCAAGAAACAAUAAUACAUGGCACCAAAAAUGACCACACCAUCGAAAUCGAAGGUACCAUCAAACGACGCAGAUACAAACGACAGCAUCACAAUACAAACCGAGAAGCUG